AUGUCAACCUUUCAACCUUUAGACCUAUCAAAACCUCGUUACCCUCAAUCGACUUAUUGGGGACGAGUUCGUCAUUUCAUUAAUGUUACUGAUCCUAGGUAUUUGUAUUCUCUUUAUGAUUGGUUCAACAAAUGCAUGCUGUUUUAUAUUGGAAUUUUAUGGUUUUUGUGGAUCAAAAAUACACACUCCCUGCGAUUCUCUAAAUCUACCGAGAUCUCUAAUGAGCAUACGAGCAAUCUUGACAGCCAAAUUGUACUUGAUGCAGAUAUUUUUCUGUCAAUUCUUCUCAAGUUACUUUCUUCUGUCAACUUUACGGAUUUAUAUUUUAUCAGUACUAGCCUUGAUAGCUAUUAA